GCAUCAGCGUCUCUUCGCCCCGGGCACAUUAUCAUUUAAAAAACGACGCUUUCUUGAUGGAAUUUUGCUCUGGAUUGUUAUAAUUUGCUGUAUUUUCACAUAGGCUUUAUCCGUCCGGAGUCGUCUCUCUGUACGAAAAGUUCUGUCCAAGGUGUGUCCAAAGCUGGAGGUCGAACCAUGGGGCACGAAACCGGACCAACCAUGAAGGUCAUGUGCUUCAAUCCAGGAAGUCGCCUCAAAGAGAAAGCACAGGAUGCAGCUCUGAAUCACUGACAAAACACACUGAGGAUCACCUUCAUCUCACCACUUUCACCUGUCCACUUUGUGUGGAAAUCGGAUAUUUUUCCAUAUAUCUCUGCAUAGACUUGGCUGAGAAGAUUAGAUUCUGUCCAUUAUCAACAUUAGAUCUGCCUCCAAAAAAAGGAUAUUGCAUUCUCCGCUUGACUAUAAAAUUAUCUAUGUGGAAUAUAACGUUCAGCAGAUAAAUCCUGGAACGCAGCCAGAGUCAGAUGUUCUUAUCAGUUUGAGGAUCUAUUCCCAGUUCUAACCCUCUUCUGGUGCAUCCUGUUAUUCUCUACGAUGAAUCCCAACAGCCUACCUGGUCAUGUCCUCUUGCUGCUAAGUACCGUGCUGGGCCUGAGCGUAGGCUUGGAGUUUACUGGCUCUGAAGGUCAGUGGGCUCGCUACCUGCGCUGGGACGCCAGCUCCAGAAGUGACCUGACAUUUCAGUUCAAGACUUCAGAAUCGGAAGGCCUGCUGCUUUACUUCGAUGACGCCGGCUUCUGCGACUUCCUGCUUCUCACUGUAUCUGAGGGUAAGCUGCAGCUCCGCGUCAGCAUCGACUGCGCCGAGACCACAAUCACCUCUGACAAGAUGGUCAACGACAGCCGCUGGCACUUUGCCGCCAUCAACAGGCACAAUUUGCGGACUGGCUUGGCCGUGGACGGCCAGACCAAGACGGAAGAGGUGCGUCCCCAGAGACGGUUCAUGAAGAUCGUUAGCGACCUCUUCCUCGGAGGGCUCCCGGGAGACAUCCGCACAUCUGCCAUCACCCUGCCCUCUGUCCGUGAGCUGCCACCGUUCAAGGGAAUUAUCACAGAUCUCAGUUAUGGGAGUAAGCUGCCCACGCUCAUCAAUAGUCAGAAAGUACGCCUGGAGAUGAUGGGCCUAUGCACAGAGAACCCCUGUGAGAAUGGCGGGAUCUGCUCGCUGGCAGAUGGAGAAACCUACUGUGACUGCUCCAAAACUGGAUAUGUAGGUCGAUACUGCACUGAAGCAGUCCAGAGAAAACCAGGCCUGGCGCACCUGAAGGCAGAGCAAGGUAGAAACAAAGCGAGGGAGGAGAACGUGGCCACCUUCCGCGGCUCGGAGUACUUCUGCUACGACCUGUCGCAGAACCCCAUCCAGAGCAGCAGUGACGAGAUCACGCUGUCCUUUAAGACCUGGCAACGCAACGGCCUCCUCCUUCACACGGGGAAAUCCGCAGACUAUGUCAACCUGGCGCUGAAAGAUGGGGCCGUCUCCCUCGUCAUCAAUCUGGGCUCCGGGGCCUUUGAGGCCAUCGUGGAGCCGGUCAAUGGGAAAUUCAAUGACAACGCCUGGCACGACAUCAAAGUGACACGCAACCUGAGACAGCAAUCAGGCAUUGGACACGCUAUGGUCACUAUCUCCGUUGAUGGGAUCCUCACCACCACUGGCUACACCCAAGAAGACUACACCAUGCUGGGCUCCGACGAUUUCUUCUACGUGGGUGGGAGCCCUAGCACUGCGGACCUGCCUGGAUCUCCAGUUAGCAACAAUUUCAUGGGCUGCCUCAGAGAGGUGGUUUACAAGAACAACGAUAUCCGUCUGGAGCUCUCCCGCCUCGCCCGCAUCGUGGACCCUAAGAUGAAACUCCAGGGCGACGUGGUCUUCAAGUGCGAAAACGUUCCCACCCUGGACCCCAUCAACUUUGAGACGCCCGACUCUUACCUGGCUUUGCCCAAGUGGAACACCAAACGCGUGGGCUCCAUCUCCUUCGACUUCCGCACCUCCGAACCCAACGGACUGAUACUCUUCACCCACGGAAAGCCGCAGGACCGGCGGGACGCCAAGGGCCAGAAGAACAACAAGGUGGACUUCUUCGCGGUGGAGCUGCUGGAUGGCGGGCUGUACCUGCUGCUGGACAUGGGCUCCGGCACCAUCAAGGUCAAGGCCACGCAGGCUAAGGUCAACGACGGCGCCUGGCACCAUGUGGACAUCCAGAGGGACGGACGCUCAGGCAUCAUCUCAGUAAACAGCCGCCGGACGCCGUUCACAGCCAGCGGGGAAAAUGAGAUCUUGGACCUGGAGGGGGACCUUUAUCUGGGCGGUCUGCCCGAGACCCGGGUGGGCCUGGUGCUCCCCACAGAGCUCUGGACCGCCAUGCUCAACUACGGCUACGUGGGCUGCGUGCGGGAUCUGUUCAUCGACGGACGCAGCAAGGACAUCCGGCAGAUCGCGCAGUCCCAGAAUAUGACCGGCAUCAAGUCGUCGUGCAGCAAGGUGACGGGGAAACAGUGCGACAGCAACCCCUGCAAGAACAGCGGGGUCUGCAAGGAGGGAUGGAACCGCUUCAUCUGCGACUGCACCGGCACCGGCUUCUGGGACAGCACCUGCGAGAGAGAGUCAUCGAUCCUGUCGUACGACGGCAGCAUGUACAUGAAAGUGGUGAUACCAAACGUGAUGCACACAGAGGCCGAGGACGUGUCCCUGCGCUUCAUGUCCCAGCGGGCGUUCGGCCUGCUCAUGGCCGCCACGUCCCGCGAGUCUGCGGACACGCUGCGGCUGGAGCUGGACAGCGGCAGGGUCAAACUGACGGUCAACCUAGACUGUGUCAGGAUAAACUGUAACACCAGCAAGGGCCCUGAGGUUCUUUAUGCCGGACAAAAGCUCAACGACAAUGAGUGGCACUCAGUACGAGUGGUCCGCCGCGGUAAAAACUUCAAACUCACUGUGGAUGACGACAUGGCUGAAGGUCAGAUGGCCGGCGACCACACCCGUCUGGAGUUCAACAACGUGGAGACGGGCAUCCUGACCGAGAGACGUUUUGUCUCGUCUGCUCCCUCCUCCUUUAUCGGACAUCUUCAGAGUCUCAAGUUCAACGGCAUGCAGUACAUCGACAUGUGCAAGAACGGAGACAUCGACUUCUGCGAGCUGAACGCCCGCUUCGGCAUGCGCUUCAUCAUCGCCGACCCCGUGACCUUCAAAACCAAAGGCAGCUACCUGGGCCUGGCCACUCUGCAGGCCUAUACCACAAUGCACCUCUUCUUCCAGUUCAAAACCACCUCGCCGGACGGUUUCAUCAUCUUCAACAGCGGAGACGGGAACGACUUCAUCGCCGUGGAGCUGGUCAAAGGGUUCAUCCACUACGUGUUCGACCUGGGGAACGGGCCCAGUCUGCUGAAGGGGAACAGCGACAACCCGCUGAACGACAACCAGUGGCACAACGUGGUCAUCACCAGGGACGCGUCCAACACGCACACGCUCAAGGUGGACUCAAAGUCGGUCACGCAGAAUGUCAACGGAGCCAAGAACCUCGACCUCAAAGGUGACCUGUUUGUUGGAGGUCUGGGACCCAACAUGUACCAGAACCUCCCUAAACUGGUGGUUUCACGGGAAGGCUUCCAGGGCUGCUUGGCCUCAGUUGAUCUCAACGGCCGCCUGCCAGAUCUCAUCAACGACGCCCUUUUCCGCAGCGGGCAGAUUGAGCGAGGCUGUGAAGGCCCAAGUACAACCUGCCAGGAGGACUCGUGUGCCAACAUGGGUGUGUGUAUCCAGCAGUGGGAGAACUUCACUUGUGACUGUUCUAUGACGUCUUACUCCGGGACUCACUGCAACGAUCCUGGCACCACCUAUAUCUUUGGGAAAGGAGGCGGUCUCAUCACGUACACGUGGCCCAAUAACGAGCGGCCGAGCACACGGACGGACCGGCUGGCGGUGGGAUUCAGCACCACCAUCAAGGACGGCAUCCUCGUCCGCAUCGACAGCGCCCCACGUCUGGGUGACUACAUCAUGCUCCACAUCGAACAAGGAAAAGUAGGUGUGACAUUCAACAUCGGGACGGUGGACAUCAGCGUUAAGGAGACGACCACGGCGGUAAACGAUGGUAAAUACCAUUUGGUCCGCUUCACCAGGAACGGGGGAAACGCCACCUUGCAGGUGGACAACUGGCCAGUCAAUGAACACUUUCCCACAGGCCGGCAGCUGACAAUUUUCAACACCCAGGCCACCAUCUCCAUCGGCGGAAACGACCGGAAGCGGCCCUACCAGGGCCAGCUCUCCGGCCUCUACUACAACGGCCUCAAAGUCCUCAACAUGGCCGCCGAGGGCCACGUCAACAUCAAGGUGAACGGCAGCGUGCGGCUGGUGGGCGACGUGCCGGUCAGCAGGGGCGCGGCACGCACCACCACCUCGGUGCCGCCGGAGAUGUCCACCACCUUUAUCGAGACCACGACCACGCUCUCCACGACGACCACCCGCAAACAGCGCUCGCCACCCACUAUUCAGCCUACGACGGAUGACAUUGUCUCAUCGGCGGAGUGCUCCAGCGACGACGAGGACCUGGAAGAGUGCGAGGUGCCUGCCGCUUUGCCCACUGUGCCCGGCGUGGUGCGGCGGGUGCCCCCGGGGGCCUCAGAGGUGAUCCGGGAAUCCAGCAGUACCACGGGCAUGGUGGUGGGCAUUGUCUCAGCCGCCGCCCUCUGCAUCCUCAUCCUCCUCUACGCCAUGUACAAGUACAGGAACAGGGACGAGGGUUCCUACCAGGUGGACGAGACGCGCAACUACAUCAGCAACUCGGCGCAAACCAAUGGCGCUGUGGUGAAGGAUAAAGCACCCAGCGGCAGCGCCAAAGGCAGCGCCAGUAGCAAGAGACCGAAAGACAAGGACAAGGAAUAUUAUGUAUAGAAAUCAAAAGUCAUUUCCCAACACAUAGAAAAAUAAACUGUUUGGAACACAGUUAUAAACAUUUUGACAGUACCAUAUUGGCAACUGUGAUUUAAAAAGGAUAAAAUCUCCUAAGAACUCAAGACUUACUGAGUCACUGAAACAUUUACAAACGAACUUUGGCUUAUGGAAGCACACUUACUAUUGUAAGCAUUACAGAGAGACAAUGCAGUACAACUUCACCGGGACUCAACGUGGAUCUUUUUAAGGAGUCCCUGCUGGAGACAUUUGGCAGUGUGAAUAACAUCACUCUCUAACAUCCACACGACCCCAAGUGACUGUCGAGAGGUGUGUGAUCCUUGGAGCUCUAUCGACCUUGUCCAUUGUAACCCUGUAAAAUACGAUCACUGUCAUUUCGGCCAUUCUGAGCAUGCAUGUGAGGUGUAUGUGACGUGGUGCUGGCAUCUGUGUAAGUGAGGGACCUCAAGAAACUAUGAU